AUGGCUAGAGCUAACAUCGUCGAAGAAGUCUCAGGACAGUCAAACAAACCUUUGUCUAAGCCAGCUCAUGCCUUAGAGUACGUGCAGGUUGCACAUGAAUUGGAAGCAAACCUUGAGGAUGGACUCACAGAAGCUGAAGCAGCAAGACGUCUUGAACUGUAUGGGAAGAAUGAACUUGAUGAAGGACCUGGUGUUCAACCAGUACAGAUUCUUAUUCAUCAAAUUUGCAAUGCAAUGAUCUUGGUCCUAAUAUUGGCCAUGGCCGUGAGUUUCGGUAUCGGCUCAUAUAUUGAAGGUGGUGUCAUCUCGGCAGUCAUAUUUCUCAAUAUUGUGAUUGGCUUUUACAAUGAGUUCAAGGCAGAAAAGACUAUGGAUUCUUUACGAUCCUUAAGUUCGCCUACGGCACAUGCUGUUAGAGAAGGGGGAAUUCGAUCGGUAGCUACCGUCACAAUUACUAUUGGCGACAUGGUUGAGGUCAAAACCGGUGACACAAUUCCAGGAGAUAUGAGAUUAGUUGAAAGUAUGAACUUUGAGACCGAUGAGAUGAUAUUGACAGGAGAAUCGCUACCCAUCGAAAAGAAUUCUGAUGCAGUUUUUCCUGAGAAUGCCAGCGCGGGUGAUCGUCUUAAUGUUGCUUUCAGCUCCACCACUGUCACCAAAGGUCGAGCACGCGGCAUUAUAUUUGCAGUGGGUAUGAAAUCACAAGUUGGAUCAAUUGCCGUGAGUCUUCGACAGCAGAGGCGUAAAGUCCGCGAGGUCAAACGUAAUGAGGAUGGCAAAGCUUUGCCGCACAGAUAUGCCCAGGCUGGGCUUCUUACUGUGUUUGAUUAUAUCGGCAAUUUUCUCGGCACAAAUAUUGGUACCCCAUUGCAAAGGAUGCUGGCCCAACUUGCUUGUGGCCUAUUCGUCGUCGCCGUUAUCUGUGCAAUUAUCGUGUUAGCUGCGAAUGGAUUUUCCAAUAACCAAGAAGUCAUCAUUUACGCUGUAGCCACAGGACUUUCGAUGAUUCCGGCUUCUCUGAUAGUAGUCUUAACUAUCACUAUGGCCGCAGGAGCUAACGUAAUGUACGACAAACAUGUGGUUGUUCGAAAAAUGAAUGCCCUGGAAGCCCUAGGCGCCGUUACUGAUAUUUGCUCGGAUAAAACUGGAACUCUUACUCAAGGCAAGAUGAUAGCGAAAAAGGUAUGGCUGCCCGCUAGGGGAACUUACUCGGUUGGUGAUUCCGGUGAAGCAUUCAACCCCGAAGAUGGAGAUUUAUUUCACAGCGAAAAGUCUCCGCAUCAAGCGCGCAAUGAAAAGGAUGAAACAAAAGCGGAUUCCUUCUCAAAUUUUCUACAAAACAACGCCGAUCUUCAAGCCUUCCUUAAUAUUGCCUCAAUGGCAAAUCUUGCGCAUGUUCACAAAAGUGAUAACGAGUGGAAAGCAAGAGGUGACCCAACGGAGAUUGCGAUUCAAGUCUUUGCUUCUAGAUUCAACUGGAAUAGGGAACGAUGGACUUCUGGAGACGCGCCUCAAUGGAAACAAAUCGCCGAAUUCCCUUUCGAUUCUGAUGUCAAGAAAAUGUCUGUUAUCUUCAAACAUGAACAAUCUGAUAGCGCACAGGUUUUCACAAAGGGCGCAGUCGAGCGGAUUCUCUCAUCAUGUUCACAAAUGACAAUGCGAGACGGAGAAGUUGUAGAAAUGGACGAAGGAAUGCGCGAAGAUGUUCUCAACAACAUGGAAGCUAUUGCCGCCGAUGGGCUCCGCGUUUUAGCUUUGGCUGGUAAACCAUGGGAACAUUAUACCGGAAUCAAUGCUAAGCAUGAUCGCGCAGAUGUAGAGAAAGAUUUAAUGUUUCAUGGACUGAUUGGAAUUUAUGACCCUCCGCGAGUAGAAUCAUUGGAGUCGGUGCAAAAAUGCCAUCAAGCUGGUAUCAAGGUUCACAUGCUCACUGGCGAUCAUCCAGAAACAGCUCGUGCUAUCGCAGGACAGGUAGGAAUCUUACCUCAGGAUUCUUCUACGAUAGGGCAAGCUGUCAUUAACGCGAUGGUUAUGAAAGCAAGCGACUUCGACAGGCUCAGCGAUGGAGAAAUUGAUGCUCUCCCAAUGCUACCUCUGGUAAUAGCACGCUGCUCACCACAGACAAAAGUUAGGAUGAUCGAAGCUCUUCACAGAAAAGGAAAAUUUGCUGCUAUGACAGGUGAUGGUGUCAACGAUUCUCCCUCACUGAAGAGAGCAGAUGUUGGUAUUGCCAUGGGUGAAGCAGGGUCGGAUGUAGCUAAGGAUGCAUCGGAUAUUAUCCUUACGGACGACAAUUUUGCUUCGAUCCUUAAUGCUGUUGAAGAAGGGAGAAGAAUGUUUGACAACAUUCAAAAAUUCAUAUUACAUUUGCUGGCGCAGAACAUUGCUCAAGCUUGCACACUUCUCAUUGGUCUCGCGUUCAAGGAUAAUAUGGGAACUUCAGUGUUUCCACUGGCACCUGUAGAGAUUCUAUGGGUUAUUAUGAUCACAUCAGGUAUGCCAGAUAUGGGUCUUGGUUUCGAGGCCGCCGCACCGGAUAUCAUGAAUCGACCACCUCAGAACGGUAUAUUCACUUUAGAAGUAAUGAUAGACAUGGUAGUCUAUGGCCUCUGGAUGGCAGCUCUAUGUCUCUCCGCUUUCUCCCUUGUUCUCUUCGGUUGGGGCAACGGUGAUCUCGGCUUUGACUGCAACGAUCGUUAUUCCGAUCAAUGCGAUACCGUAUUCCGAGCUCGAGCAACUACAUUCGUCUGCUUAACCUGGUUCUCUCUCUUCCUCGCUUGGGAAAUGAUCAAUAUGCGAAGAUCUUUCUUCCGCAUGCAACCUGGAAGCAAAAAGUACUUCACUCAAUGGAUCCACGAUAUCUGGGCAAACAAACUUUUGUUCUGGGCUGUCGUUGCUGGAUUCGUAACUGUAUUUCCCACACUUUAUAUCCCUGUGAUCAACCGAAAGGUAUUUAAACAUGAGGGUAUCAGUUGGGAAUGGGGAAUUGUAUUCGUCGAGUCUUUCUUGUUCUUUGUAGGAAUAGAGUCUUGGAAGUGGGCCAAGAGGGUUUAUCUCAGGGUCCAGGCCAGAAAGACAAUCGACGUGACAAGCAGCGCCGAUGAUGAGGACCCCGGAAUGGCGAUUAUGGAGAUUUUGAAGGCGCAGAGUACGCAUAUUACUAGGAAGGGGACGAGAGCUCAUGUUGAGUUCUCUGAGAAGGAUGGGGAUUUGGAGAGUGGCAAUAUUAGUAAUCAGUAA